GGAGAUUGGCGACGUCGAUCAAUAAAGAAAGGUCAGCUGUAGUUCUUCCCUGCUCCAGCCACAGCCGGAGACGCCAGGCGAGAGAAUGACUCGUGAUGGCGUGGUAGUUACCGUCACUGUGAAAGAUUGCAGGAAAGUGCGAUCUCCGAGGAGUGAUGCUCCGACGUGUUUCCUGAGACUGGAACAUGGGAGUGAGGUGAUGUGUGAGAGUGGGCGGGUCACGUGUGAGGCUGGGGAGGGUGUGAUGGAGGGAGGAGGUGUGGAGGGGACUCUGCAUUGUGAUCCCAGUCGGAGAGAGACUGUUGAUAAACUCAUUCAGAACCCUAUCGUCGUCACUCUAUGUGAGGUUCUACCAAAGGACAAGAAGAGCAAAGAAGAAAAGACGGCAGAGCUGGGCCACCUGACCUUUGACCUUCUCCCUCUGGUCUGCGGAGAGAGAAUCAUCCAGCUGUCGUCUGCUCUGCAGCGAGCAGGAGAGGGAGGAGGAGGAGGGGAGGGAGAGGUGGAUAUCGAAGUAAAUACGUCACAGGAGCUUCUUUCAGAGGAACAACUGACCGAGAGCAAUGUCCUAUUCCUGAGGUUCCGAUCUCUUCAUUCUCUCCCGAGUGCCUGGAGCCACACCCACUCCCCGUCCUCACACUUCACACUCUCCACUCCCCACCCUCUCCCCGGCUCUCCUCUCUCCCUCCCUGGUGGUAUGAUGAAGAGGGCGGAGUCAAGAGAAGACCACACCCACUGGAAGUGGCCGGGAGGGAGAGGAGACGGAGGGAGGAGAGAGAAAUGGGCUCUUGAAGACGAGACUGGGGAGGUCAGAGGUCAACAGGAUGUUUCAUUCCGUCGCUGUUCAGAGUGUGCCAAACCCAGUGUGGAGUGGGGGAGGGAGGUGAGGACAUGGCUACCUCCCACCUCCUCCUCCUCCCUCCUCUCCUCUCUCUCCCUCUCACCGCUCUGGCCUGUCGAGAUCAUCAGAUCCACCUCUCAGGCAGGUAAAGGUAAGGGAAAGGAAGAGGAGGCGGUUGUCUCUCACCACGGAGUGGCCUAUCUCAACCUCUCCCCUCUCCUCUAUCCUGGGCAACACCAAGAUCGCUGGAGCCUUCACACUACACCAUUUCUCCCCCUCUGACGUUGCUUCCAAGAUAAGGAGAGAGUAUACCAGUCUUCUGACGUCACCCUCCAUCUCCUCUCCGUCUGUCAAGAAAACACCAGCUGGAGGAGGAGGAGGAGGCAAAUCCUGGAGGAAACAGGACUCCUCCCUCAAGAGUGGCUCCGCAGUGUCUCAGUCUGCAGACGACCACCACAUCUUCCCCGACACCACAGACAAUCCCCCCUCCUCCUCCUCCCCCAUCCACCCCUCCACUGGUCACCAUGACGACAACAGAGAGGGCGUGGUCUACGCAGAGGCGGGGACUUAUCUGUGGAUGGAGGCGGAGCUGUUGAAACCACUGGUGCCUCAGAGACCACUGUCAGCUCUGGCACAGAGGGUGUCAGAGUACAUUCCGCAGCGGGCGGCGGUGCCGAGGAGAGAGGGAGGGGCCGAGAGGGCGUUGACUGGAUUCCGUGACGUCACGGCAACCAUCUCGGGCUCACUGCUGAUGGAAUACAGAGACAUGUUCGGAUGGGGCGGAGCUGGGGGCGGGGCUGACAUUGACGAGAGAAAGCGGCAGUUGUUACAACAUCUCAACUCCAAUGGGAAGUACCACACAUUCAAGGAGCAGCUGAAGCAUGCAGUGGUGGGUGUGGUCAGGGAGCGGUAUGGGAAUCGGACGGGGUUCUCAGACUCCGCCCACUGCCACGCCUUCCUCUCCUCCCUCUAUACCUUCCUCUCAGACCAGCUGCACGUCGGACUGCACCAGGCGACCUCAUUGGACAAUCCUCCUGAGACCACACCCACUCCCGUGGACUUUGACCUCUUGAAACACUUUGCUACCGAAGCAGAGGAUUUUCAAGAUUAUCAACUAGCAGAAAGACACUAUCAGGAGAGAGUGGCAGGAGGGGGACAUGUGGGACAGUACUGGUACGACUACGGAGUGUUCUGUCUUCUGAUUGGUCAGCUGGACAAGGCCGAGCAGUGUCUCAAGGAAGCCAUCGCCCUCGACCAGAAGAUGAUACCUGCUCUUCUCCUCUUUGGAAUGCUCAGUGCCAUUGGAGAAAGAUUUGACGAGGGUUCGGAGGUAAUGGAGCUAGCAACGACCUCUGACCCCUCCAACAUCAUCGCCUGGUGCAUGAGAGGGUUGUUCUACGAGAUGCAGACGGAGAGGGUGCUGGAAGAGAUGUGUUACGAGGAAGCUGUGAGGGUGUGGAGGGGGAGGAAGGAGAGAACCUACCUCACGAUCGGUGGAGGGAGAGAGGGAGGAGGGAGAGAGGAAGACACUAUCAGAGCGAGGGACUCACACAGAGAAGGAACCAGAGAAGAAGAAGAAGAAAGAGACGGAGAAGGAGGAGAAGGAGAGAGAGAGGCUACCACAGGCUCUGGUCCUUCAACCACUCCGGGGGAACAGCAAGACCUUUCUCCCGCGGAGGCCAGUGGAACUGACGAGCCAACAGCGUCGUCAAAGGUCGAAGUUCACCCUGAAGCUCCACCCACAACGGAAGCUCCGCCCACUACGUCAGGGGAUGAGAGGGAGAGAGAGGAUCCACGCUCGGCAGUAUUCCUACAAACGGCUUCCUUUCUUCUCGAUGUACACGCUCUCAAGUUUGCGGAGAUGUGUCUGGGUCAUGUGGUGACCUCUUCCUCCUCACCUCCGCCCUCUCUCUACCACCUCCUGGCGGCCAGACUCCACCUCCACCGAGGCCACUACUCCCAGGCCAGGGACUGCCUCACCUCUGCACUCCAGACCGACAUUCAGAGCUCGUGGGCGUGGUCUCUGUUAGGCCACACCCACUACCAACUGGGGGAAUUCCCGGAGGCUCAGCAGGCAUUUGAGAGAUGUCUCUUGCUCCAAACUCCGCCCCCUAAUCAGCACAGUGCGUUACUCCACCUCGCUCACAUCCUCUACAAUGAGAAAAAGUUCUCUCAAGCCAAAGAAAUGUAUCUCAGAGCCUGCCGAGCCUCUCCAUCAGGACUGACCUGGAGGGGAGUGGGUGUGGCCUGUUACAAAGUAAGCCACGCCCACUAAUCAGCAUCUCUCGAAGCCCCGCCCCCUCACAGAUGGGGGAGUUGGGAGAGUCCGAGACAGCGUUGUGUGAGGCCAACAUUCUGAACAAUACAGAUCCUCUCACCUGGGCCUACCUUACCCUAGUCUGCCUCAAGACUGGAAGACCAGUUGAAGCCGAACAAGCUCUCAAGUUUGCAGUAAAGACUGGACUCAGGACAGGGGAGGAAGUUGUUGAGGAGAUACGACAGGAAAUGACGUCACACUCGGGAGACCACGCCCACCAGCACAUUCCUCAUCUCCUUACCCAACUAUCAUGACGACGACCUUUGAACUCUCCAAACUGACGAUGACAACCUCUGAUCUGUAUGUAGAACAUUAUUGUAUGACAACUUGCGACAAAAAACUUGCAGAGCAGAGAACAUUUGCAAGCCACG